AUGUCCAGCAUGACAAUCUCGCCACGUCUCCAGGCGAAAGAGAUCGCCAGACGAGAGCAGGCAGAACACCAGAAGAACAGGAGUCAGUCCGGCCACAGGAAAAAGCGUACGGCCCAGUCGCCGCCACCAGCGGAGGAGGAGGCCGCCGCCAAGCGGCCGAGAACAAGCACGCCGAAGGCAAGGCCUCCGGCUCCCAGCAAGGCGGGAUCUAUUCGUCAUGCCAGGCCCGCGAAGCAGCUCGGUGGGGAAACGCCUCCGGAGGGAAAGAAGAAAGUCGGCCCUAUGAAGGGGGCGGCCAUUAGACCCCCCGGCAGCGCGAAGACGAACAGCAGCAGGGCGAGGAGGGGGGGGCAGCAGCGGGGCGGCGGCGGCGGCGGCGGCGGCGGCGACGGCCCGGAGCAGAGAGAGAGGAAAGGGCAGUCGCGGGGAGAGCCGGCACCGUGCGGGAAGCGUGCCCAGGCUUCCGAGCGGGCCGCCUCGACCGGAGCCCGAAAGGUUGCGGCGAAAAAGGCUUCGAUGUCCUCGCCCCCCGCCGCCCGCGGCAACGGCAGCAGCAGCAAGGGCAGAGGAGCAGCUCCGCGCAAGGGAAACCUGCCGCCGCAGAGCAAUCUUGGGAUUGCUUUCGGCAAGGGGCCGAGUGCGAAGCAGCGAAAGCUCUUCAAGCUGAGCAAGUCGCUGCUCCCUCUGGGCAUCUGGCCUUCUUCGGGUGAGAGCGAGGCCUUCGACAUUGCGCCGGAGUGGAAGGCUAGCCUGCUCAAGCGCUACGAGAACCCGCCGCCGUACAGAAAGCUCAAGGCCAACCUGUACGAAGACAGCUCCCUAAAGGGCCUGGUUCCCGUCGACGAGAUCCCGCUGUGCAACUGCCGACCGGAAGACGGCUGCGACGCUAGCUGCAUAAACCGUCUGCUCCUCAUGGAGUGCGCCCCCGGCCGUUGCCCUACCCUGCGGGGGGCAAGCAAGUACUGCAAUAACAACGCCAUACAGACCAAGACGUUCCCGGCGACGGAGGUUUUCCGAACCUUCGAGGGCAGAGGCUGGGGGCUUAGGCUGGCCGAAGAGAGGGGAGCUGAGGCCGGCACCCUGCUGCACGAGUACCUGGGAGAGGUGAUCAUGAUGGACGAGUGCCGCAGACGCCUCCGCAAGGUGGGACGCAAGGGCGUCGAGGGUUCGAGCGGCGACUUCUACUUCGCCUCCCUGGAUGGAAACCUCGUGCUCGACGGCGGCCCCAUGGGCGGCGAGGCUCGUUUCGCGAACCACAGCUGCUCCCCGAACUGCCUGAUGCAGAAGUGGAGCGUGCUGGGCGAGACCCGGGUGGUGCUUGUUGCCGCUCGUGACAUCUCGGUCGGCGAGGAGCUGACGUACAACUACCAAGCGGACACCCUGGGGGGCUUCGUGGAGAGACAGAAGUGCCUGUGCGGAGAGCCCCAGUGCUCCGGGUUCAUUGGAGGCGAGCUGGUGGCUGUCAAGGCAGAGGAGUGGCAGAGGCGCGCCUCGAAGGUCAUGAACCAGGCGAAGCCGCAGCUUGAGGUCGUCAGGGAGCUCUUCCACGAAGGGCGGGAGUUGGGGUACGAGCUAUCAGACGAAGGCGGGGGCGAAGGUUCCGUCGGCUUCGAGGAGACCGCCGUACAUCCUCCGCCCGCCGCCGGCGAACUCCCACGACGCAGAACCUCCACGCGCGCCGGUCGCGGCGAAAGGAAGCCAAGAGAUGCCCACGACGACGACGACGACCACGUCGGCGGUGGCAAGGUGGGGGAAGGAGAGGAAAGCAACCCGGGCGCCCCUCGCGUGGUCGAUCUCAUACAGCUCGAGAAGGUAGUGCAGACGGUACCGACGGGGCUGCAGAUACCCGAGGCUGUCAAGGCCAAGAAGACGGUGGGCGAGUCACGUGGCGCAGACGGUGUGGGCCCUGCUAGACGCCGCGUCCAAGCACGGCCUGCAGGGCAUCAGGGUGCCGGAAGAACGGCAGCCGCUGCCGCCGCCGCCGCCGCCGCCGCCGCCGCAACCUCAACCCCCCCAGCUGGUGACGAGCCACCCCGCCUCCGGCGGCGCUUGUCCAAGCGUGCCGGCGGCGGCGUCCUCCUCCUCAACAGCAGCAACGGCAACCUAGAGCAAGGCGCGGUGAAGCCGGCGGCGGGGCUGCCUCCACGGGUAACCGUUGCCACGAGGAGCGGUGGGAAGAGAAAGCCUUCGGCGGCGUUGUCCGCGGCCGGUGUCGCCGAAAGAAAACAGCUGGUUACGCCGGCGGCAACGGCGACGAAGUCUUCCUUGGCGGACGGAUCGCCGGCGCUGCCCCCGAAGCCGAAGAUGAGUCAGGUGUGCCAAGCGAUUCGUAGCUGCAGGGGGCUUGCCCACGUGUUCAUUCCAGGCGCUUCGGAGCUGGAGAAGCUGGUGGCCCCGGCAGAGGCUUGGGCGAAGGAGGCUUGCGACAUGCUCAAGAUCAAGGUGUCGGACCCUUCAACGGAUGACUCGGCGACCGGCGGUGCCGCCGCUGCUGGUGGCAAGGUCAAGGACUGCGACAGGGGCAGGGACGGGGAGAAGGAGAGAGGCAAGUGGGCUAGACUGGGUCUGGAAGGUUCAGCGAUGACUGCCCUAGAGGAGAAGCUGCAGGACGUGGCGGAAUUUUCUCUGGCUAGGGAGCAGCGCGAGGAGGAGGCGGAGAAGGAGCGUCUCCAGAGAGAGAAGGAGGACGCCAGGGAGAGGGAGAGGCAGGCCAGGCUAGAGAAGCUGGCGAGGCUCAAGGCCUUGUCGAAGCGGCGGAACGCUCCGAGGGGGGUGAGGGGGGUGAGCACAAGUACAGCUGAGCGCGGAGGAGGUGCGGCCGGCGAUGACGUGGGUGGCGGCUCUGCCGAGGGGGGCUCUAGGGAGGAGGCGGUUAGAGCACGGGAGGCAAGGCGGUCACCAAGGAUCGUCAGCCUGGGUAGUAGCGGUGCACCGUCAACGGCCGACCCGGCCACGGGGCAGAAGGAGGAAGGAGAAGGGGAGGGGAUCGGGGAUGAGGCGGAGGAGGCGGAGGAGGCGGGUUGGACGAAGGAGGACGAGGAGGCCCUUCACUGCCUCUGCAGGCUGCCGGCGGACGCCGCUCGCUUCCGCACGCUCAUGACGUGCGACCUGUGCUCCAGCUGGUUCCACCCUUCCUGCGUCAGGCUCAAGGAGCUACCCAAGAGGAGCCUCCUGGAUGGCCGUCAUCACGAGGCACCGGCUCUCGCGUUCGUGUGUCCCAUGUGCGAGCACCGCAGGGGCGGCGUGUCCAACUUCGCCUGUCCUCCCUCUCCUGGUUUCUACAUCGGGAGGCGGAUGCACCGCCCGGGGCUGUCGGAGCUGGAGGCCCUCAUGAGGCACGCCGACAGCCUGCCCGUCGAUGGCGUGGAUGGCCAAGCUUACCUCAACUACAUGGUGGACCAGGUGGUGGGUUGGAGGGACCGGUGUGAAGACGCUGUGAAGGAGUUCCAGGCGUACAUCCAGGGCGGGGACACGGCAGAAGCAACGGCGAUGAGGGAAGGGACACCCCCGCCGCCGCCGCCGCCUUCGGCAGGGCUCGUGCUUGCCUCCGCAGGGCGAAGGCUUGGGUUUGAGGCCUCCCUCGUGGAGAGGCUGGGCAGGCUGGUGUGCGAGGGGGUGCUGAUCGAGGUGGUAGACGUGCACAAAGAGGACACCAUGCUCCGAAGAGCCCUCUGGACCCUGACGGCCUCGCUGUGCCUUCCUCGGGCGGCGGCUUGCCUAAGGCUUGGUCAAGAACCAGGGCUGGAGGAAACCCUGUCCCCGGAAGACCAAGAGGCCCUGCGAUCGAAUGGCCUGUCUCAAGACAGCACCACGAGACUGCGGCCCACCUUCGAAACCCUCGAAGCUUGCCUCACGGAAGGCCGCACGCUCGGGCUGUCACGAACCAAGUCCAAAGGCCGGAGAAAUUCCGCCGGUGCCACCGGCGGUGGAGGUGGCGGCGGCGGUGGGAAGGGGGGGGUAUCGAACACAGAACCGCCGUCUACCAGCAGUGGUGUGGUGUCCUCGUCGUCAUCUUCGCUGUCCAGUGCGGCCUCCUCCGAAUCGGCGGCGGCGGCGGCUACGUCUUCCUUGCCUCUGGCGGGCGAGAGGCCUAGCUCGGAGCCUCUGGGGACGGGGGUGCGAUUGUACAACUGCUUGUUCGAUGCCGUGGGUGACAUCCUUCAGGCGGUGGUGAGGUCGGAAGCCAAGCCGUUUCGCGAGGCGAGGAACAAUCUGCCGGCGCUCCGAGAGGCCACAAGAUGGGCGGCCAUCGAGCCGUCGUGGGGCUAUGCUCGAGCUUUGGCUUCGGAGCUGUCCUGGCGCAGAGAAAACGACGCGCCCGCUGACGUGGCGGCAGGGGUACAUGUAGCAGCGGCAGCGCCGAUGGCGGCGGCAGUCGAUUCGUGGUCACCAGCCCCAGGCGAGCCGGCGGUGGGUGCACAGAGCGCGACAGUUGUACAAGAGGAGCAGGGGGGCGACGUGGAUGUGUACUGCAUCUGCAGGGGGGGGGACGACGGCGGCGUGAUGGUGGAGUGCGACCUGUGCGGGGAGUGGUACCAUGCGUCCUGUGUGGGUUUAACAGCGCAGACGGCGGGUGAGCUGCAGCAGUACCGGUGCCUGGUGUGCUGCGAGGCGCACCCGGAGAAGCACGGCCCUUACAAGCACAGGUGCAGAUAA